AUGUCCACAGAACACGCCCUACCAAACCGCCGAUCCUUCACCACCAAACACAUCAUCCACGACAUAUGGCUCUCCACAAACCUCCCCCCCGAAGCGCUCACAUCUCUGUCCCUCCCCGGCGCAGACACCCCAUCCCUCCCGUCAUCUUUCAAAAUCAGCUCCCUCGCACAAGCAUCAAUUGCGCUGUCCGCCCUGGCCGCACGCCUCGUCCGCUCUACAAGAGUCACCCUCAAUCCUUACCCAACUGUUCGUGUUCCAGUCCACAACGCAGCAGUGGAAUUCAAAUCCAACAGUCUAUAUACUUUACAACGAAACGAUACACCAAUCCCGCCAUUUUCGUAUAAUCCCAUAGGGGGGUUGCACAAGGCGUCAGAUGGGUACGUGCGCAUUCAUGACGUGUUUCCGAAUCAUAUACAAGGGACGUUGAAACUCCUCGGGCUGCCUGGGGAUGCGGGCAGAGACGAUGUAGCGAGGGAAGUUGCAAAGCGGAAGAAGGUCGAUUUGGAGGAGGAGGGAACAGAGCGUGGGAACGUGGCAAUUUAUGCGCUGAGGUCGUAUGAGGAGUGGGAUGCGCUGCCGCAAUCUGCUGCUAUUCACGGGAGUCCGAUUCUACUGAAACGAGUUAACGGAGGGGAUCCGGCACGCAAACCAAUGGCUCCUCUUGGAGAGGAUAGCAAGAAGUGUCUCUCUGGGUUGAGAGUCGUGGAACUUACGAGGGUUAUUGCUGGUCCGGUAUCAGGCAAGACGCUUGCUGCUCAUGGCGCAGAUGUCCUUUGGGUGACGUCGCCGAAUCUACCGGCAGUACCAUUCCUAGAUAUCGACUUGAGUCGAGGAAAGCGAAAUGUUCAUCUCGAUAUCCGCAACCCGCAGGACAAGCAUCGCCUGCUGGAAUUACUCAAGACGUGUGACGUGUUCAUCCAGGGCUACAGGCCGCAGAGUCUGGCAUCGUACGGACUAUCGCCAGAGGACCUCGUCAAGAUCAACCCCAAUAUUAUAUGCGCCAACAUGUCGGCAUUUGGUCCUGCUGGCCCAUGGUCUCACAGGAGAGGGUUCGACAGUCUUGUACAGGCCGCUUCGGGGAUGAACGUGUCAGAAGCAGAGCAUGCUGGGCAGGGUGAACCAUCCAAGGUGCUGCCGUGCCAGGCUCUAGAUCAUGCAAGUGGGUAUCUGCUCGCGACGGGCAUCAUGGCGGCUGUGUAUCAUCGUGCUGUGCACGGGGGAGCGUGGGAGGUUGAUGUGUCGCUUGCUGGGACGAUGAAGUACCUGCGCAGCUUGGGACAGUAUCCUGGUGCAACGGGGUUUGCAGCAGAGGACUAUGUCAAGGGCCAGAAUGUUCCUGAGGACAUGUUGGCGACGACGGAGACGGCAUGGGGGACUUUGACUGCUGUGAAACAUAGUGCUGAAAUUGAGGGCUGUGAUGUGGGCUGGCAUUUGAUGCCGUGUCCGGCAGAAGAAAACUCACCAACUUGGGUUUCAUGA